GUAAUGUAUUACGUCCUCUAUUAGACUUCUAUUAAACUUCACUGCAAUUGUAAACCAUCACUCCUACUGGCGAACUCGUUAGUUUGGAAUUACUGCUGCAGUACAUAGCCAAGGCUCUUGGUGGCAGUAAAUCCCUAUACGGCACUAGAUUGCGUUUGCUUUGUACUGCAGAGGUAGGAUGCUACAGGAAGAUCAAGCUGCUGUGCUACAACUUUUUGAGGAGGCAAAUGCCUUGAGAGGAUAAUGGUGGUCAACCUUUGUCAGCCACCUUUUCAGACCACUGUUCAGUGCAAUAAGCUGUGUGCUGAUGGCUUUGACAUCUCCAACCUUGUGUCCGAGGACCCUGCCCUCCGACGGCGUGGCUUCAAAUUGGAGUACUUCCUGCGGCCGCCUGUACAGGUGACGCUUGGUUUCCGCUGGCAGGUGGAGGUGUGUGGCGUGGAUGUGGAGCUGUGGCCGUGUGGGAUGGACCAGAAUGGCGCCUCCCGCAGGCUGGAGGUCCACAGCAGCUCGGAUGCCAACGCUGACGCCACCCAGGGGCACUUUCUCCAGGUGGGCCGGUGUGACGUGCGGGACGGGGUGCUGGUGUGCUUCCGUGCCCCCCGGCUUCGCCCUCGCGCCCCCUUCCCUCAUCUGCCCCCGCCACCCUCUGGCGAGGCCACGCAGUCUGACCUCUGGAGCCGGGGGCCGCAGUCCCUGGGCAGUGUCGCCCGGCUGCGCCUGACCAUUCCGUUCAGCAGCGCCGGCUCGCAGCUCGGAUUCAAAGCGCUGUCCGUGUGGGGGCUCCCAGCCCGUUCUAGUCCCCCUGAUGCCCUGGAGGAGUUCCAGAGGGCCUAUCGCCACUCCCUAGCCCCCGCAAAGCCCCUAACGCCUCCCAGACCACCUGCCCCUGCCUCCACCAACACCUCAGAGCCCGCCACCUACUCGGACCCAGAUGAAGCCGUACCUGAGGAGUUCCUGGACCCCCUGACCCAGGAGCUGAUGGUUCUGCCCAUGGUGCUGCCCAGUGGGGCGGUGGUGGACCUCAGCUCCCUGGAGGAGUACCAGCGCCGCGAGGCCACCUGGGGACGCUCGCCCAGUGACCCCUUCACCGGCGUGCCCUUCACCUCAGACUCCAAGCCCCUGCCAUGCCCACUUUUGAAAUGCCGCAUCGAUCAGAUGGUCCUCCGGAGAGGAGGGCGGCCGGGCGUCUGCGGGAGCAAAGAAAGGGCCACCACCCUGGGCCCGCAGGCCUCCAGGCUCAUCCCUCAGACUUCCAAACAACCACAGAUGCCCAUGUUACCCAACAGUUCACUUACCUCACACACCCAGCCCGGCUGUACUGCAAGCAAUGGUGCUGUGGACUGCCACACAUCCUCCUCUAGUGAUGGGCCGCCCAGUAACCAGGCCCUGGGUGAGGGGGUGACCCCAGCAGCAGCAGGAGGAUGGGAGCGUCCGGUCCUGAGGAGAAAGAGAGGACUGGAUGCUUCUAAUCCAGACAUGGACAGACUGAGGGAUUGUGCAGUAGCUAGUAAGAGUGCGUCCAAAAAAGCAGAGAACAGUUUGCAGCCAUGCAAAAAAACAAGAGCAGAACAGCAAACGCACUCCACAGGCUCCCAUGAGGAGCGUCUGUCGGCCAGUCUGGAUGCAGCGCUGAGCUGUGCUCUGCAGGGGCUACCCUCCUACACCAGCAAGAAGAAUCCGCAGGGCCACACCCCCGCCCCACACACAGGUGAGGAUCAGUGUGCCCUUUGCUCUGUCUCUCUUACCCGCUAUCCAACCAGCCCUGCGGCCUACGCUCUUCCAUGCAGGCAUCUCCUCUGCCGCCCGUGCCUCACCCGCAAAGCUCCACCAAACGCUGGAGGACCCCAGAUCGUCUGCCCUACAUGCGGUUCUGUUGCCGCAGCUAGUGCGGUCACACGUGUGCACCACUGACCACUGUUGACCGCUGCAUAAAAUUAACUACAGACAGACCAUGGUACACAGAACGCAGCAGAUUACUGACAAAAUGUGUUGAAAUGUACAGCAUGAACUUUUUGACUGGCAGAGAAUAUCGGUUGUACUCAGUUGUGCCUCUCAGGAACUUUGGGAUGGUUGAAUAUUUUCUCAUCUGAUACUCUACAUUUUGACAUUCAUAAUGUCCUGACUUUAAUAUUGAAUUGGACAGGCUCUGUGCUGUAGUGAUCUUCUGUCUCAAAAGCAUCAUUGUCCUCUUUUUUUUACCAACCUUACUGAUCUACCAAAACUGCUCAGAUGGAAUGUGAAGCAUGGCUAUACAAACCUGCCAUGCUGAUGUCCGAGGUCAUGGGCUCCAUCUUGAUCAUCUCCAUCUUGGCCCACUGCAGUCAUUAAAUGCUGUACCCCUGGUCAUGUGGCCCAGGGCUCUGGCUGGGGGCCUUGGCCAGUGGAAAUUGAAAAUCUCUGCAAGAACUUGAGCAAGCGAGAGAGAGAAUGCAGCAGAGAUGAGCGUGAAAGAGAUGAGGGGGAGCGUGCUGAGAGGCCCAAGGCUGACUUGCUUGUUUGAAAAGAAAGCAUGGAGGAGGAUGAAGGGAGGUGCAGUCCAGGCCUCUUGAGGUCAGAACGCAAUGUGUCGCACUCUCCACCUCCACCUCCCAAAGGCUCAUUUGGACCCUUUUGGACGUGUGAGCACGGAGCAAUUCAAAGGACUUUCUAAUCCACACUACUCACAACUAUAUUAUGGUGUACUGUUUGACAACAAAUAAAUGGAAAAGAUGUUAAAUU